ACACGACGAUUGCAUUAACCGGUAACCAGCAUUCUCUUGCCUCUGCCAAUCUGCCCUCCUCCCCCUCCGCUUCCAUGCCCAACGACGACGACUUGUGGGCGCGCCUUAGUGCCCUGAGGGGGGGCCCAGCCAAACUUCCCUUGGACCCCACCAUCUCCGCACCGACACCAGAAUCUGUAGCGGCAGCUGCACAGGCAGCAAAAGACGAAGACGAAGAGCUCGAGCGUAUAGCAAACUCGCUGCCGCCAGAGACACAGGACGAGGACGACGACGUGGCGGCCCUCUUGGCCAGUCUGGGCGCCGCGGCCGUACCUACCGGCGGCGUGGUGGCCGGUGAUGACGACACCACUGCACACCGCUCCAUUUCCGCCCUCGAACGCGAAGCCACUGCAGCCCUCCGCGAUGCCCACGCGUCGGGUUUUCUCGACGCGCCGGACCAUGCACCAUCAGCAGAGCUGCGGAAUGCCGCCGCAAACAACACCAGCAACAGCUUGGACCACGGACCCGCGGUCGAAGACUUUGAAACAGAGGACGAGAUCCUGGCGCGUGCUUUGGCCGAGGCGGCGAUCGAGGAUGAUGAAGACGAGGCUGCUCCUGCAGCGGCAGAGAGCUUGAACCGGCCGUCGGCACAUGCCCCGCGCACGGCUGGGGUAUCCGCGGGGCUCGAGGCUGGCGACGACAACAAGGACGACGACGACGCGUCGGCGGCGGCCCUGGCGUCGCUCUCGGGCCUACAGACACUGCCUACGCUGCCCGAUCUCGUCGACGAAGACGACGAGCCGCUCGACGCCGAGUCCAAGGCGCGUAUGGACGCGCUCUUGGGCCUCCGGGGCCCGAGUCUCUUCCCCGCCACGCCCACGCGCGACCCCAAGCCCAAGGACAGCAACGCGCUCGGCCCGCCGCCCCGUGCGCCGGGUCAAGGAUGGAACAUUCCGGGGUACGACGACGGUCGUGACGAGGAUCUGGAUAGCUGGUGCUCAAUCUGCAACAAGGACGCCGAACUCCGGUGCCGCGGGUGCGACGGCGACCUGUACUGCCGCGAGUGCUGGGCCGAGGGCCACGGCGCAGGCCCGGGCAAGGAGCAGGGGCACAAGGUCGAGCGGUUUACGUGGUCGCGGAAGGUGUAGAUGUGUUGUUGUGCCGACGGUGAGAUGGAGGAUGGCGACGGUGUGGAGGGGAGCGAGAGCGUCACAAGGACGACGCAUUUGACCGCCGUAGUGAGGUCGCCGGCGGCAGGUGCGAUAGAUAACGACUCGCACUCGCACCCUUCGCACGUCAGAGGAGGCGGCGUGCGGCGUCGUGAGCACAGCACCAUUGUAUCAUAUCCC